AUGGACAAGUACAAGAAGCCCCCGCAGGCCCCGCCCACCUUCAUCGGCACCAAGGAGAAUAUCGUCUCAGACACCAAGGCGUUGUGCGACAAGACGCGCAGCCUCUUGGACGACCUCGUGGCCAAGAUCCCGGCCGACGACUCCUCCAAGACCACUUUCCAGGACGUCUUGCGGCCCCAGAUCUAUGACGAGAACGACUCUGCUUUGACAGCUCGCAUCCUAGGGUUCUAUCAAUAUGUUUCAAGCAACUCUGAGCUGCGUGAUGCCUCUACGGAGGCUGAGAGCAUCAUGGACGAGUUCGCCAUCGAGAUGGCCACCAGGGAGGAUGUCUUCAAGAUUGUGGACGCUGUCUACCAGAAGAGGGACAGUCUUGGUCUAGAUACAGAGGACAAGAAAUUUCUAGAGAAGGAGAGGAAGAACUACAUAUCAAACGGACUGGGGCUUCCUGCUGGGCCACAGAGGGAGCGCUUCAAGGAAAUCAAGAAGAGGCUCAGCCAGAUCCAGAUCGAGUUCACGAAAGCUUUGAACGAGGAGAAUGGCGCAAUCUACUUCACACCGGAAGAACUUGACGGAGUUCCGACUGACCUCACCGAGAGCUGGGAGAAGGGAACGGGAGAGAACGAGGGCAAGCUCCGUGUCUCCUUCAAAUACCCCGAUCUGUUCCCAACUUUGAAGUUUGCCAAGAAUUCCGAGACCCGCCGAAAGCUCUUCAUCGCGAACGAGAACAAGUGCAACAAGAACAUGCCCCUGUUCAAGGAGGCCAUCCUUCUUCGUGACGAGGCUGCGCGCAUGCUCGGGUUCCCAGAUCAUGCCUCCUUCAGGAUCGAGGAUAAGAUGGCCAAGACCACCAAGACCGUCAAUGACUUCCUGGGAGACCUCCGUGUCAAGCUUGCACCUGGUGGCAAGAAGGAGACGGAGCAUCUUAAGGCGAUCAAGAAGGCUGAUGUCGAGUCCCGCGGAGAAAAGUUCGACGGCAGCUACUACUUGUGGGACCACCGCUUUUACGAUCGUCUGAUGAUCGAACAGGAGUACUCUAUCGACGAGAACAAGAUCUCCGAGUACUUUCCCUUGUCCAAGACGGUGGCUGGCAUGUUGAACAUAUUUGAAAAGCUGUUUGGUUUUGUCUUUGUCGAACUUUCUCCCGAGGACAAGGCGGCGAUCAGCCCGACCGGGAAGGCAGAGGAUAUCUCCUGGCACGAGGAUGUGAUCGUGUUCUCAGUGUGGGAUGAUGAAGGUGAAGGCGGCGGAUUCGUUGGGUACCUGUACCUUGACCUUCACCCUCGAACUGGAAAAUACUCUCAUGCGGCCAACUUUAACCUGUCUCCUGGUUUCUUGCAGGCCGACGGUAAACGGCGUUACCCCGCAACUGCAUUGGUUUGUAACUUCAGCAAGCCGACGCCCAAGAAACCUAGUCUGCUCAAGCACGACGAGGUGGUGACGCUCUUCCACGAGUUGGGACAUGGCAUCCACGACUUGGCUGGCCGUACAAAGACUUCAAGGUUCCACGGAACCUCGACAGUGCGAGAUUUCGUCGAGGCUCCUUCGCAAAUGCUUGAGAACUGGUGCUGGACCCCUAGCCAGAUAAAGGGGCUGUCGAGCCACUAUGAGACGGGAGACCAGAUCCCAGAUGAACUCGUCGAAAAGCUUGUUUCGACGAAGCACGUGAACGGUGCGCUCUUCAACUUGCGCCAGUUGCAUUUUGGCAUCUUUGAUAUGACUGUCCACACGCCCAAGAGUCAUGAGGAGGUAGAGAAGCUGGAUGCUAGUGCGGUCUACAAUGAUCUUCGGGCUGAGAUUGCUGGCCUGCAAGGCCCGGAGUCUCUAGGCCAGGGAAGCAACUGGGGCAACGGACCAGCGACUUUCGGUCAUCUUAUUGGCGGCUACGAUGCUGGCUACUACGGUUACUUGUCCUCUCAGGUCUACUCUACCGACAUGUUCUACACCGCAUUCAAGGCAGAGCCCUUGAAUGGAAAGGAGGGCCGAAGAUACAGGCACACUGUUCUCGAGAGGGGCGGAAGUCAGGAAGAGAUGGUCACUUUGGAACAGUUCCUUGGCCGAAAGCCUGAGAACGAUGCCUUCUACAAGGACCUUGGCCUUGCCAGCUGA